GGAUAGAAAGCUGCAGGCAGUAGAGGGAGGAGAGCUAAAACACAAAAAAGCUACGGAGAGGACGGUAGCAUGCGACCCGCGGAGGGGAAACGGCAAAAACAGGGCCCCAAUCUGCAAAUUACUGCAACUAGUCCGCAUUCAUUGAGUCUGUAAGCACCAACAGCAGUGUUCAACAUGGGGAAAGAGGUAAACGGAGUGUCUCGGAGUCGAUUUGAGAUGUUCACAAACAGCGAUGAGGCUGUCAUCAACAAGAAGCUGCCUAAAGAGCUGUUGCUACGAAUAUUCUCUUUUCUGGACGUGGUGACGCUCUGCCGCUGCGCUCAGGUCUCCAGGUCGUGGAACGUCCUGGCGUUAGACGGCAGCAACUGGCAGCGAAUCGACCUCUUCAACUUCCAGAGAGACAUAGAGGGUCGUGUGGUGGAGAACAUCUCAAAGCGAUGUGGGGGCUUCCUCAGGAAGUUAAGCCUGCGAGGGUGUCUCGGUGUGGGGGACAGCGCCCUGAGGACUUUUUCCCAAAACUGCAGGAACAUCGAGCUGCUGAGUUUGAACGGCUGCACCAAGAUCACAGACAGCACAUGUAACAGUCUCAGUAAGUUCUGCCCCAAACUGAAGCAUUUGGACCUCGCCUCCUGUACCUCCAUCACCAACCUGUCACUCAAAGCACUCAGUGAGGGCUGUCCUAACUUGGAGCAUCUCAACAUCUCGUGGUGUGAUCAGGUGACCAAAGACGGGAUCCAGGCGUUGGUCCGGUCUUGUCCCGGGCUCAAAGGGCUGUUCCUCAAAGGGUGCACACAGCUCGAAGAUGAGGCUUUGAAGCACAUAGGCGCUCACUGUCCAGAGCUGGUCACUCUCAACCUGCAGACGUGCUCACAGAUCACAGACGAGGGCCUCAUCACCAUCUGUCGAGGGUGUCACCGGCUGCAGUCGCUCAAAGUGUCCGGCUGCGCCAACAUCACAGACGCCAUCCUGCACGCCCUGGGCCAGAACUGCCCCCGCCUCAGAAUACUUGAAGUGGCUCGCUGCUCUCAGCUUACAGACGUCGGCUUCACUACAUUAGCGCGGAAUUGUCAUGAACUGGAGAAGAUGGAUUUAGAAGAAUGUGUUCAGAUCACAGACGGGACCCUGAUCCAGCUGUCGAUACACUGCCCUCGUUUGCAAGUCUUGAGUUUGUCCCACUGUGAGCUCAUAACAGACGAUGGGAUCAGACACUUGGGGAGCGGGCCUUGUGCUCAUGAUCGUUUGGAGGUGAUCGAACUGGACAACUGCCCCCUGAUCACCGACGCCUCCCUGGAGCAUCUCAAGACCUGCCACAGUCUGGACCGUAUCGAGCUCUACGACUGCCAACAGAUCACACGAGCGGGCAUCAAGAGGCUACGGACUCACCUGCCCAACAUCAAAGUGCACGCGUACUUCGCUCCCGUCACCCCUCCUCCAUCUGUAGGGGGCAGUCGUCAGAGAUUCUGCCGCUGCUGCGUCCUCCUAUGAUGCAAAGACUCCCCCCUCCUCACCUCCCCUCCUUCACUUUUGGCCUGUGACCUUUGACCUGUCGACGCCCCCCCCCACAGCCGCCGGCCUCGCCCCCAAAGACCUAAACGCACACGCCCCCAGCACCGCCCCCUUUCUUUCCCUUCUGGACCUGCAGAGAGAGAGAGGGAGAGAGACAAAAUGAUGACGUUUUAAAUAGACACAGGUGAAUAUCCAAAACAUAAAAUCACAAAUAUUAAAUUCACAAACACCAGGUUUAAGUCAAUAGGUGGAUGCUAUUUACCUGUUGCUAAGCUCCUCCCAACUUUUUAAUUUAGCCAUUUGAUUUUAAAGUGGGAGUGUUAUGCAAAAUCAACUUUUCUGAGCUUUUCUACCAUGUUCUAACACUGUUCCCCCAUCAAAAACAUGCCUGAAGAGGUUUUAAAUGUCAUCCAUGCAUGUUUGAGUAAUCUAGCAAUCUCUUGCCCUGUUCAAACCCUCCUCACGGUUAGCUGUAAGAUUCUGUUCAAGAAUGCACCCACAAGUCUAUGUCACCCACGUUUCCAGACGACAAUUCUCCAUAAAUAUUCAAAAACAUGAUACAAAACUGUACACAACAACUUUACAAACCUGAUGCGAUGUGCAGUAGUUUCAUUAGCGCCAACUGUUGAUGUGAUAGAGAUGUGAAGGGGUGUGAUUUUUGACUUGAGCAUCAAAAAUGAAAGUGAAACUUAUAAAACAUGUUAACACGUCUACAUACAAAUACAAAUAUAGCAUUUUUCAAACAAUAAAAGGAAACAUGGAUACGUUUUGUGUUACAGUUAAUAUCCCAUAGAAGUAAAAUACCCCCCUCUUUAAUACCCCAUAGAAGUUAGCUCAAUGAGAAGAAACGACUAGAACAUGAGUAAACGCUCUAAAAGUUGAUUUUUCAGAAUAGGUUUCAUUUAAGAUGUUUAUUUGAAAGUCCUAUUAAGAUAACUGCGUAUUGCGAUUGGUUCAUGGUAAAAGGAGGCGGGGCUUAGUAACGGGUCAAUUAGCAUAAAUACAAAACUAUUAUUACAGUGAAUUUUAGAGAUGAAAAAUCGGGUCACCAAAGUUUAGUAAAUUAAUGUUAAAAUGAUCACUGCUUAUAUCAAAUCAAAAACACUUUACUUGUUCAGCACUUUGAGUAUUUGGGGGGUUUAAUUAGCCACAAGAGCAGUGUUCAAAGCUAAACGCUCUGCUACCUCACGAUCGGCGUUCACACCUGUAUUAAUGUGUAGUAACAAUAGUGGUGUUAAAAUGUACCACAAAAGGCAGAUCUGGUCUUUGACUCUUUCGUCAUCGAUGCCUUUAAAAUGGACUAGAAAAACAGCAGGAAACCUUACGGGGUUUAAAAUCUACUUUUGCAGUUGUUUGCACUUUGUUUAUCUAUAGAAGCGGGUCUACCAACGCUUGAAAUGUCCGGGGAGUUUAAAUACUAUACCAGUGUUAAGUGUACAGAGGAACAUUUUAAUAUUUAGGCAUUAAAAUUUGUAAAUAAAAGCUGUAAAAAGAGAGAAUGAAUCAAACUUGUGGUGUAAAGUUAGGCCAGCCACACACUCGCCUCGUCCGAGCGAAUCUGAGCUGUUCUGUUAUGACCUAACCACAAAACAUC